AUGACAAAACCCAACGAGGCCGAAAAAUAUGGGAUGACGCUGAUGCCAGUACAUUACCCUAAUGGACACGUGUACCAAAGUGUGAUCUCUGUGUGGAGCCAGGGUGCCGAUGAGGAGUCUCAAACCCUUAUCCUGCCCCGUAACCUGCGACUGGCUCUUUCUGUUGAUGAGGGCCAACUGGAAGCAGCUGCUGCUCUCCUCCUGGAUGAAGCCCACAUUGCUGUUGUUGGCGUUCCACACCCCUCAGCUGGAACUGAUAAAGAUUAUCUUUGCAUCUGGAAUAUCAAUUUCCAGACACUUCAGGCAGGGAAAGAAAUUGCGGGUAAAAUCUUCGGGCAGCUAUGGUGUUAUUCCAACAAGUUAUUCAUUCCUCAUGGAAAAACCCUGUCUGUUGUUCCAUACGGCUGCACCAAAUCUUCACUCGCUUCCGCUUUGGGAAAGCUGAGGCGGUCCGGGAUGCAAGAAUACAGAUCGCUAGUGUCAGUGCCUUCUUGGAACAGCAUCUUACAUGAAGAGAAAACUCAGCCCUCAAGAACAACAGAGACCUGGAAGUUGAGAAAUGCACGUAAGAGCCAGAUGUCCCCCACUUUAACAGUGGAACAAAUUCUGGAGCUCAUCAAGACGGCACCAGUAGAGGAAGUAGAGAAACAAGUGGAAGGGCUCCUUUCCAGAGCAGAGACCCAGGACAUGAAUGAGUCAUUAGGCCAGCUGGCAUCGUCACUGGUUUCCCGCAGCUUGGCAGAUAAUGGCUUCUAUUCCACGACCAUGCUGGCACAGCUAGUACAUACACAGUCUCUCUGUCACAGCGUGUGCCCUGACCUUGUGCAGCUAGCCCUGGAAAAGAACGAUUACUUCCUGUGUCAGCUGUGUUUACAGUUCUUCCCUGACAUCCCUGAAGAGGUCACAUGCACCUGCCUGAAGGCCUUCAUCAGUAUGCCAGACAACGAUGCAGAGAAAGUGAACCUGGAGCCUGACAGCAUCUCCUUUAUGGAAACUCUGACCUCCAGGGAACAUGGUCAGGUUGGCUUGCAGAAUGGUUUUAACUCCACCUCUUCGGAGCACCACUCAGACGUUACAAUGACAAGAGCGGACGAAGAAAAUGAAACUCCACGGGAACAAAGCUGUCCAGUGGUCUUACAAAGGGCUGUUUUACUGAAUGAGAUCCUGCAGACAGCGUACAGCGAUGACCUUCUUCUCCCACAUUUGAAAAACCUUUCAUCCCAACACGUCAUUCUUUUCCUCCAGUACCUGCACUUCCUCUACUUAAAGUAUAACCAAGACACUUUUCCUCAAAGCCAUGGCUUUCGCUCACCCAGUCUAAUGCAGAUUAUGGAUUGGGUUUGCUUGUUGUUGGAUGCUCAUUUUACAGUUCUAGUCAUGACUCCAGAGGCCAAUGGCUUGCUGCUAAACCUCCACAGCUAUAUUAAGUCUCAGUUGUUACCCUAA